AUGCGUGGACAGACUUCUUGCCCUGUUGCUGGGGCUGAGAUACAAACAAAUUGUAACUUUGAAGCGCACGUAUAUUAUUGUAACUACUUUUUGGGUUUUACUUUUGUCGCCUCUUUAUGUGCAAUUUUUUAUAUCCUUAUAAUCUUUUUGUACAGCUCCCUAGUUAUAUUAUUUUGCCUGGUAAUUUCAUUCUCAUCGUACACAAAUAUUUUUUGCACUCUCAGAUAUCACCAAGCACAAUUAGGAGAUCAACAACAGCUGAGCCAAACGAAUGCACUGAACAUGGCGCGAUUCAGAAAGGCAGUGCACAAUGCACUGUGGGUGCAGUUAGCAUUAGUUGUUUGUUAUGCAGAAGAGUAGUUUAAGAGAUGUUUUUAAAGCCGAUUUGUUUUGUCAUCAGAAAACUAUCCGUAAAGCUUAUGUGAAGAAGUUUUCGGUACUUGUAUAUUUAACUGAAGGUUACGAAAGUAUACGCAAUAAAAUUGACCAUCUCUGUUCAUUAUAGAAUUUUUUUACAGAUCGAUCGAUGUAAUGAAAUUAUAUUGGCAACGGCGAAAAACAAGUUUGGCAUCAUUUGUAUAGAGGUCGCCAUAUGUCCCGUUUGUCGCUGGUGUAUCUUUAGGUUUGUCUCACGAAUUUUAUUUCCUUCAUUUCUGAGCGAUUAACUGCUGUCGCUAAGUUCUACAAUUUUUUUAUUGAGUCGUUUUCAAAGCUUUUGUAUGAGCUCAGACUUUGCUUCAAUAUUAUAGCAUCUAAUCAUUGUUUAUUUUACCCAUUAAAGAAGUGAUAAAAUAGAUCUUUUUAGACUUGGGAGUCCCAUAUCGUAUUGUAAAACAAAAAAUAUCAUGUCUUUGUGUUUGGCGAGGGAAUUCUCUUUCAGUUCCAAUUUAAAUUUAAACUGAAACGUUAUUAACUGAAAUCAACAGCUGGUUGCGACGAACAUGUUCCUGUUUAAUUAUCAAGGUACUGAAUUAUCAUGGAGGAUCAGAAAGAAAAUUCCUUAAGAAAGAAUUAUUGUUAAAGGAGGGAUUGACGCAUCUUUUAGCGAUUAAGUCUUUCGUCUGAUUUUUCUCUCGGCUAAUCCUCUGUUGGUAAAUGAAAUGUCUAAUUUGAAGCCGAAAUAAAAUGUUGAAUUUAUAGAGAGUAAUUAUUUUGCAACAUCGACAUUUUUUCCAACUUAAAACGAGGGGGCGUGUCUGUGGUGGUUAACUAAUUUUUCCUAAUCUUUGACAGGGUAUUUUUAACAAUUGCUUCGUGCGUCAGUGAACGGUCAUUAAUAUACGAUGCACGCAGGAAGUUUGGAGAGCUUGAAAGAUACGCGGGGGGGUUACUUAACACGCAACCAAGAGUGAUCGUGGGUUCAUAAAUAAUAUAUGUCGUCUAUGUACGUUUAACAAGGUGUAGUUUUUAACUCGAUAUCGUCACGGGAAUUAUUCAAUAAUAAUAUUAUUCACUUCAUCUUCGGCAAAUAAUUGUUAAAUAUUUUUAUCGAGUGUUGAUAGUUUUUAAGUAUCCAUUCGUUCAUUUUCCUUCGUGAUCAAUAGGUUAUUAUGUUCAAUUUAGCAUAAUCAUAUAACUCUGGUUAUCGGAGGAGAAUGGCCAAUCGCUCAGGGGAAUUACGACAUGAAGAAUUCAGUCACUGCUGUGUACAUGGGAGCGUUGGCAGAGAAAAAUUUAGACGAACUUUGUUAUAUAAUUUUUUCCAGGACUAUCACUUUAAAUUUUUUGGCGAAAGGAGGAGAACAAAUAGAGAAUGUAAAAGAAACAGCGAAAAAAUGUUUAAAAAAGUAAUUUCCUGCUUUUCUUCUGUUUUGUUUCUCGUUUUGUCGGUACCCGAUGGAACUCUGGGAUUAAAAGAUACCGAGCGCGUAAGGCCAUCAUGGCUGGUACAAAACAAUGGUUUCUCCGCCUCCUCUAUUUUCAGUUAGCGCCCAUUUCUCUUAUCUUGUUGACCAAAGGGAUGAAGAAAGGAAAUUACAUCAUGGGGCGAAAUAGGAAAAAAAGGCAAAACAGUUUUUGUUAAAAAAAUCAUCAUAACUUUCCUGACGAAAGUGAAAAAGCUUGUAGAGAACGAGUUUGAAAAAAUCGAUGGCGCGCGGCAUAACAUCUUGUUACGGUUUUGUUUUUAAUAUCAGUCCGCUGACGAAAAACAGAAAGAAAAAACCUACCAUUACUAAUUGAUUCAAACAUUUAAAAUACGUUUGCAUCUGUGACCAAAACUUAAAUUUGAAAUGUUUGAUGUAUCCGCAGACUGUCUCAAAUCCAACUUUUCUAAGACCAAAUAAAAUCGCCAGCUUGAAAUUUUUAUUUCCAAUUUUUCAUGGCUAUUAAUGAUACAAGCCUGAACUUCACACGAAUGAUAUGGACACCAGGUUAGCACCCUAUCAGUGAAAGUUGAUCCAGGUAAAAGGAGAUUGUUUGUCGGUCUUUUAAAAGAAUGAUACCACAGAUGUCUCUCCAUUUUCUACUUGUUGCCAUUUCAUACCUGAGGCACUUCAAAGGUUCAAUUUUUGGACACAACUGACAAUUUUCUGACGUAUUUUAAAUGAGUUGACGCUGAUGAAGAAUUCUCUACGUGUAUAUGAAUAUCAUUAAUUGAAGUAUGAGAUGUCAUUAAUCGUGGCUGGAUGUGGGCUGUUUAGACGACACAUUACUCGUUCCAAUCUUAGAUAACCUACAACAAAUUUUAGAAGGGUUGGAACACAGACGAAAACAAUUGAAGAACUACUAUGCUCUACUCUCUGUUGGUUGGGCUUCAACCACGAUCAGUUUCAUACCUGAGGCAUCCCACAGCUGCAAAUUUCUGACGCAUUUUAAAUGAUUAAACGCGAGGGAGGAAGUCUUAAUGUGUAUAUUAAAGGAAGGUUUCAGUUAGACGAAAUAUUUCUCGUUGCAAGAACAGAGGAAACGAAUGCCGAAUUAUGUUGACAACAAAGUUCAGUAACGGUGGAACACUAUCAAAAAUAAUUGAAGAACUGAUAUGCAGCCCCUCUUUGGUGGGUGGGCUUCAACCAGCAUCUUUCGCAACAGUCAACAUUCUCCUCUCCAUCACAACAUUUCUUAGCAAUUCUCUUAUCCUUGUUGCCCUUCACAAGGAAUCUGCCCUCCAUGCGCCGUCCAAACUCUUGUAUCGUUGUCUGGCAACAACUCACCUGUUGGUUGGUCUUGUUGCCCAGCCUCUCGUUGUUACCUAUUGGAUGUCCGUGGUUCACGAACAUUGGACUCUUUGUCAUUACGCAGCGGAAGCAGCCUACAUCAUAGGCUCAGUAUUAUGUGGAGUUUCUUUGUUGACGAUGGCGGCAAUAAGCGUGGACAGACUUCUCGCCCUGUUGUCGGGGCUGAGAUACAAAGAGAUUGUAACUUUGAAGAGUGUUUAUAUCAUUAUAGCUAGCUUUUGGGUUUUAUGCCUUGUCGCCUCUUUAUGCACUGUUUUCGAUCAGCGUAUAACCGCUUUGUGUACCUACAUAUUGAUACCACUUUCACUGCUUAUUUCACUCGCCUCGUACACAAAGAUAUUUCGCACUCUUAGAAAUCAUCAGGCACAAGAACAAGAUCAUGUUCAACAACAGCCGAGCCAACCAAGUGUAUUGAACAUGGCGCGAUAUAGAAAGGCAGUACACAGUGCACUGUGGGUACAGUCAGUAUUAGUUGUUUGUUACACACCAUACCUUAUUGUGAGAAUUGUUCUCACUUAUAGUACAACAUACUCAUCACAAUUAGGCGUCGCAUCGGCAAUGACAGUUAUCUUAGUUUACUUUAACUCGACGUUAAACCCGUUUCUUUACUGCUGGAAGAUUAGUGAAAUGAGACGAGCAAUGAAGCAGACAAUCAGACAAGCACUUUGCUGUCCAUGGAGUUAGACCAUCCUCGAGUUAUACACGAUUGCAGAAGUACUUUUAGUGCAAAGCUGACCGAUAGAGAACGCUCGUCGCUUAAAUUUCUGCUAAAGGUCUGUCGAUAUUAUUUUUUGCUAGUCACGUAGAAAAAUAAAAUAAAGGAAAGGUAAUGGAAACAUAAACCAAAACUUUUAAAAAGUAUUUCACAUGCUACCAAAAUUUACUCUGAAUGCAUUAAUUAUUAAUUGAAGGAAAGAUAUACGUGCACAAGAGAAUAUAUAAUCUCUUGACGUAACUUAUACUCUUAUGAAUGUUAUUAGAAGAAAGCGAAAGAAAUAAUGGCUUUAUCCACCUCUUUGGUAGAUGAGUUGCUCUCCAUCACAGCAUUUCCUGGCGCCUCGCUUCUCCUUGCUAUAAACAGUUGAAAACUUAAUUUUGCUGUGUAAUCAGAAAAAUAUCCAUAUUGCUUAUGAAUGUUUUAAAAUGUCAUUGAUACUGAUAUAAUAAAACAAACAUUAUGUUAUUGAGUGCAUGGAUUUAAAUUAAAACUUUCCUUUUCUUAUUGAAUUCUUUACAAAACCUUUAACUUUCCGAGAUUAAACGUUAUACUCCAUCUUCUCCGCUCAGCUAAAGGUGAAUUUACGUACCUGAGAAGACGGCGUUCAAAAUAAUUGUGAAAUGUUAAUAGUAUCAAAGAUGUCUGUCUGUACGUUUGACUCUUAAAGCUAAUUUGUUCCUAUUCUGGCCUCUUUUCUUAAUGAAUUUUCAUAGAUAGGGAGCUAAUUAAGUGUCCAUAUCAUCUAUGUGAAAUCAAUACUUCAAUCAUUAUGAGCCUCGACAAACUGAAAUUACGAAGAUCAAGCUGGCAACUUUGAAUGAUGUAAGAAAAAAUUGGAAUCGUGACAUCUCCUUAUGCAUCAAACUAUUAAAAUGUAAAUUAAUUCAAAUUAAUUUAAAAAGAAGCUUGAGUCUAAGGGAUUUUUUUUCGUAUUUUAGUUAAAAAAAACUGAUAUUACAGAUGUCUCUAUUUUUUCCUUUUAUUGCUAUUUUAUCCGUGAGCCACCCCACAGGUUCCAACUGUCGAUCCGCUAAAAAAGAAUUGUUUUUCGCCUUGUAAAAAAAUGAUAUCACAGAUGUCUCUCUAUUUGCCUCUUACUGCUAUUUCAUACAAGAGGCUUGUCAGUAGGUUACGCACUUUGAAUGAGCAAACGCUAACGAGGAAGUCUUUAUGUGUUUAUUGAGGGAAGUUUUAGUCAUCGACGCUCAGCUUGUGCUGUUUAAACGAAAUAUUUCUCGUUACCAGUUGCCUCAGUACAAGAAAAAGGAGACGAACACAGAACAAUGUCGACGACAAAGUUCACUAGAGGUGGAACACAGACGAAAACAUUUGAAGAACUGCUAUGCACCCCAUCUUUUGGAGGUGGAUUACAUCAAAGAUUUACUUUUUUCUCAGCAGUGCACAUUCUCCUCUCCAUCACAGCAUUCCUUACAAAUUCUCUCAUCUUUGUUGCCCUUCACAAGAAAUCGUCCCUCCACCCGCCGUCCAAACUGUUGUAUCGUUCUCUGGCAACAACCGAUCUGUUGGUUGGUCUUGUUUCCCAGCCACUCUAUCCUACUCAUUGGAUUUCCUUAGUUCAGGAACACUGGAGCCUUUGUCGAUACGCAUUUGACGCAGCCUACAUCACUGUGCGGCGAGGUUUUGAUAAUUCCUUAGCAUACGUCCAUUGAUUUUCGACCCACUUAUAAAUUGGUUUGUUCACUUCAGUAUUAAGAUGUAACCGUUGUGAUUAAAGGAGAAUUUUGGCAAUUGCUCCAGAGCAUCGCAAAAUUACCUGCCAUUUACAUGAGAGCUUUCUUGACAGAAAAAACUUUUAUAAUCUCACUAAACAGACGAUGGAAGAAAGAAAAUUAGAUCAUAGAGUCACUAGGCUAACUUUUCUUCGUUAUUGUUUACUAUUGUCUUCAAUAAAGGGAGGAUAUUUCAAUAUAAUAAUGGGCACUUAUAUGACAUCUUAUCUUGAUGUACUACUUGUUUCAUCAUUUAAAAAAGUGACAAAAAAGGUUCUCCUAUCGUAUUUUCAAACAGUAAUAUAGCCGAUGUCUAUUUGUUUGUCGACGAAAUUACCUUUUAGUGCUAAUUUGUACUAAAACUGAAAUUCUUUGAGAUUAAAAACUUGUCGCAGCCUACCCUAACUCUUUAGAAUUUUGAUCAGCUGCAUAAAUUGAAAAUUUUCUGGAUAAACACCUACUCUGUAUUAAAGAAUUGGAUGAGUUGUUGGUUUGUCCAUUAGCAAUUUCCCCGUCCAAAAAUAAAACAAUGGAUCUAAAGUUGAUAUAUAAAUAUAUAUAUAUAUAAACUUAUUUUCGAAAAUGUUGCUAGUUGAAAAAAUAUUUUAAAUAGUCUGUAUAUGUAAAUAUAUGUUUUUUUCUUUUCUCAUCACAGUGCCUCUUUUUGAUGCGAAAAGAAAGACAUAUUUAUUUGAUAUAUAUUUUCAAAUUUGAAAGGUUUUCAAAACGGGUAUUUACAUAUAUGUAUAUCGUCGAAAGAAACAUUAUCAUGUAAACGAAGCCUGAUACAAGUCCGAAUCUGUCGUGGCAAGCAGGUGUAGCACGUGGCAGUUUUAGAGAGUUUGAAAUGUGGGUCAGGGUUGGAAAAGACGAAGCUUCUCUUAGAACAAUUGUAAAUUUUUUAUCGAUUAUUGAUAAGGUUUGAGCGCCCAUCUCUUCGUUUUCCAUUUCGAUUAAUAUAUUAUCCUGUUUACUUCAUUACUGGGAACUAAUUGUCAUCACCAAAGGAGAGUUGUUAAUUGCCUAAGAGAAUCACAGGAACAAAAAUUUUAAUAACUUUUCUUUUACAGUUGCACAAAAUAGUUUGCUGGUGUGAUAACUUGAUCCUGUCACUAUUUUGUUUUUAGUUCUCGUCGGAUACGAAACGGAGAGAAAAAAAGUUACAAAGUGCAAUAAGAUACACAGCUAAUUUAAAAUAUUUUGAAACAAGUUUGUAUGUGUUGCCGUACAUUAAUUUUGAAUGGUGGUGUAGUCUACGUAGUACAUUUGGUGAUUGUCACGAAUUCAAUUUUUCUCCCAGAACAAUUGACGUCGCCAGCUUGAGCUUCUGCAUUUUUAGCUUUCCGUAGCUGAUAGUAAUUCAAGUCCUAACUUCACACGAAAGGUAUGGACCCUCCACUAGCAUCCUACUAUAAUUUAAUUUGAGUUUGGUAAAGAGCGACUUUGUUAUUUGCCUUUUAUUGCUAUUUCAUAACAGAGGCACCCAAAGGUUUCCGGGAAAAAAUAUAUAUUUUUUGACCUAAUAUGCAUUUUAAUUGAGUAAGUCUUUAUGCGAUUGUUAGUUAGGAAGUUAGGCUUCAGUAAUCAUUGCUCCCAUUUUUCGUUGCAAGAACAGAAACCUACAAGAAAAGGGAACGCCGAAGACAUAACUAUGUCGACAACAAAUUUCAGUAGCAGUAGAAGUCACAAGAAAUCAUUUGAAGAACUGCUAUGCUCUCCCUCUUCGGUGGGUGGGCUUCGGCUUCAACAACAACAAUUAAUUUGCUUCUCAGCAGUUGACAUUCUCCUCUCCAUCACAGUAUUUGCUGGGAAUUCUCCCAUCCUUGUUGCCCUUUAUAAGGAAUCUUCCCUACAUCCGCCGUCCAAACACCUGUAUUGUAGUUUGGCAACCACUAAUCUGUUGGUUGGUCUUGUUGCCCAGCCUCUCUAUGGUACAUGUUGAAUGUCCGUGGUUCAAGGACACCUUUGGAGGAGCCUUUGUCGAUACCCGAGGGACGCAACCUACAUCACAGGCUCUGUAUUGUAUUCAGUGUCUUUGAUGACGAUGACGGCCAUAAGCGUGGACAGAUUUCUCGCCCUGAUGUUGGAGCUGAGAUACAAACAAAUUGUAACUUUGAAGCGCACGUAUAUAUAUGUUAUUUGCCGGCUGGGAGGUCCGUAUGGUGAAAAACUGUGACCGAGGUCUUGAAAAUACUGCCCGAGGCCGUAGGCCGAGGGCAGCAUUUUCAAGACCGAGGUCACAGUUUUUCACCAUACGGACCGACCCUUAGCCGGUAAAUAACAUAUUUAUUGUUUUUAAACUUGAUGAAAUUCUUUCCGAAAGAACCCGAAUGAUUUAGGGCUGUAAAUACGGCAAGAUCUUCCAUAAACUGAACAAUUUUUGAGCGAGUAAAUGGUAGUUAAAAUAGAGGUGAUGCAAAUUAAAGAGAGAUUCCUCAGCGAAACAUUUUCAUUUCCGUAACGAUAAAGGUGAUUUAAAAGGCUUCCAAACAAACUAUGAAACAUUAUUUUUACAAGUAUCUGUCAGAAUCUGACACCUGUCAAUUAGAGAGCGCGUAAGAAAAAAAAAUCAUAAGAACAUUUGAAAAACAACGGAACUAGUUUGGCAAGGACUGUCACGACAAUGUUUUCUUCAAAAUCAGUCAACGAUCUAACGGAAAGUAUUAUUCACUCUCAUCGACGAUUCAUUCAUGUACGAAGAUUUACCUCUGUUGAUUAAGUAAACGGCGAGGAAAGUAAUUGUGAGUAAAUUCAUUUUUUUUUAUUUUGAAGUUGUGGCAGUUUGCUCGUUUGUUUGCUGCAAUGGCGUGUGUAAACCUGGUCUUUCCUCCACAAAAACUAAAUUCGAAUGGCACACCAAUGAGACACGAGGAUUAAAUGCGGCCUUUUCUCUAUAAAUUCCUUCAGUUUCUGUUGUGCAAGUUACGGUACAAAUGUCCAAAUUGAACGGAAUUGGAAAGACUCACCGGGAGCCUAUAUUUGUUGUAGAACUUAAAUUAAAACUUUGCUCGCUCUUUCACUACUAACAAUUUUCUCGAGAAAAUUCAGAUAUUAAAUUAAUGAAAGUUCCAUCGUUCAGUUUAACUGUAACCAAAUACCUCACGUUUUAACUUUCUGGGUACUUUUUGUGAAUGAUUAAAAUUAAUUGCAGACGGUUUUUAGGCCGCUUGUCAACCAACGUAAUGACACUAUUGUUUAUACAAAUUCAUUCUGAAACCAAUAUUUUUCUGUCAACCAAAGUGAUUUGAGAGAGAGAAAAGAGAAGAUUUAUAAGUUAUUUAUCGGCUUGAGGUAAUGACCGACUUGUUUGCUUUAAAAUACUGCCCAGCCGGAAAACGAGGUAUAUUUAUGAAAAAAUGACAACGAAAGCUGGGAUGUACUCGGCGACUCACGAAAGCGUUACCGUGGCCCGUGGGCAGAGAUAGGAAAAUACUGACCGGGUAAAGAACCAAUCAGAUUGCAGGAUUCGUUACCGUGCCCUCUAAAAAAACAAUAAAUUAUUGUAACUACCUUUUGGGCUUUUAUUAUUGUCGCCUCUUUAUGUGCAAUAUUUAAUCGCCGUAUAAUCUUUUUGUACAGCUGCCUAGUUGUUUAGCCUGGUGUACAGCUGCCUAGUCAUUUUGCCUGGUAAUAUCACUUGCAUCGUACACAAAGGUUUUUCGCACUCUCAGAUAUCACCAAGCACAAGUACGAGAUCAACAACACCCGAGCCAAACAAAUGCUUUGAACAUGGUGCGAUUCAAAAAGGCAGUACACAGUGCACUGUGGGCGCAGUUGGCAUUAGUUGUUUGUUAUGCACCAAUGUAUACAAUGACAAUUGUGAUCGCUUAUACUAAAAAAUAUUCAUUCCUCUAA